UCGUUCCGAGCGAUAGUUGGGACAUCUAUGCCGUUUAAUAGUCGCCGAUUUGUCAAUUGUCUUGACUGGGCUCGACAAAAAGUAUUGUUUCUAGUUAAAUAUUUUAUAUAAAAUUUUUGACAGUUUCGAAAUUGACAAAAAAUGACAUCGACCACCACGCCGUCGGUUGACUUAAGCUCAUAUAGGGAUCAACAUUUUAAGCAGGGUUCAAGGGCAGAACAGGAUCGUUUACUACGAAAUUCUACAACUUUAUAUGUAGGCAAUUUGUCAUUUUACACAACAGAAGAACAAAUUUACGAAUUAUUCUCAAAAUGUGGUGACAUAAGACGUAUUAUUAUGGGGCUAGACAAAUACAAAAAAACACCAUGUGGCUUUUGCUUUGUUGAGUAUUACUUAAGGUCUGAUGCAGAAAAUUGUAUGAGAUAUAUUAAUGGCACUAGACUCGAUGACAGAAUAAUUCGUACUGACUGGGAUGCAGGCUUUAUCGAAGGUCGACAAUAUGGACGUGGAAAAACUGGUGGUCAGGUGCGUGAUGAGUAUAGAUCAGACUUUGACAGUGGUCGAGGAGGUUACGGAAAGAUCAUUCAACAAAAAGUGACUCCAAUAUCGGAGGGUAUAUUUGGUGGUCGAUAAAAAACAAAAUAGUUCUUGUGCUCGAAAGACUUGAAAAUUGAACUAAUAUCGGCUAAUGUACUCGCGUUAGCUAUAAGUUAAUUUAAGGACAGUUUCAAUUAUUUCGUUAUACCGUAAAUAACGAUAUUCCCAAUAACGUGUCAGGCAAUUUUAUUUUAGGGCUGACGAUAAGUAAUCAGACUUUGUGUUAAAUAAAUGGUAUCUUUCGUAA